CAAUAACCAACUUAUUACCCAGUAGCAAGCUCUCAGGCUGGCCUCUAAUUGCUCUCACACGAAGUCCCUUUACCAACGCACUAGCCGCUGGAACUGAUACAUUGGAGCCGAGCGCCGAGCCGGGCUACUUUACCGCACCUCGUCUGACUCAGUCCAAAAGAGAGCCAAAGAUCACAGUGAGCGGAGGAUGCGACAGGGGUGAUGCCCGGCUAUCUCCUCGCCGCCGCCUUCCACAAGCAGGCGUUCGCGUCGGCGACGCAGCACCAGCUCCUGGCGUUUCUGCAGGUCGCGGCCUUCACGAAUCGGACGGCGGUGCUACCGUUCGCGCGCGUGGGCGAGCCGGCGUUCGUGGGGUUGCCCCGGCCCGGCUUUGGCGGCCUCGACCGCUACUUCGACGUGGCGGGCCUUGCCGCGCGCUGGCCGUGCCUGCGCGCGAUCACGUACGACGCGUUUCGACGCGAGGCGCCGCGCGCCCGGAUCGUCGCGCUGCAGCUCGGCCUGCCCCCGGGCCGGGCCGGCUCCGUGGUCGCGACCGGCUGCGGCCGGCGGUCGCGACCGCUCGUCGCGCUGGGCGCGACGUUCGCGUGCGCGUCCGCGGCGCUCGCGGCGUCGGCGUCGGCGACGCUCGGCGACGCGACGCGGUGGCGCCGCGACGCGAUCAUCGUCACGAACUGGUCGCAAAAACUCGUCGGUCUCGGGGACGCGGCCUCUCCGCUCUUCGGCGACGCGUUCGCGGCGCGCGGCGGGUGUCAGGACGCGCGCGCCCGCCGCGACGCGCGCGCGUUCCCGCCGCUCGCGCCGCGGUGGCACGCGCGAGCCGACGCGUUCCUUGCGGCGUCGCCGGUGCUCCGAGAGCGAUCUUUCGUCUGCGCCCACGUCCGCGCCGCGCUCCCGCGUCGAACACGCCGCGCGCGGUCGGCUCGUCCGAGCUCGCAGCGGUCGCCCCCGUGCGCGCGACCUUACGUGCGCACCGAACGCAGGCCGAAAAGCUCGCGAGCGCCGCGACGGGCCGCGCGAAGCGGAACCAGUGGGUCUACGACGACGCGGCCGGCGCGUGGACGUCGCCUUACAUGGAGCGGUGCGCGGCGGCCGUCGCAGCCGUCGCGACGCGCGCGGCCGAGGGCCGACCGCUCGUCCUGCUCACCGACACCGCCGAGGCGCACGGCACGCCGUCGAACCAGGGCAGCGCUCGCUUCCGCGAGUGGCGCGAGCGCGGCGAGCGACUCCUCCGCGCCCUGCUCCCGGCAGCGGCCGCGUACUGCGGCGCGUUCGCCGCCUCGGAGCCCGACUGCGCCGUGCGCAGACGGCGCGGAUUAUCAUCGUUCGCGCGCCGCGGCGAGGGCCCGCCGGCGGACGUUUCCCCCGCGCAGGUCGCGGAGGCGGCCAUCUGCCGCCGCGCGGCCGAGGUCCUCCGCUUCGGCUCCGGGACCUUCUCCGCGUUUCUCGUCGGCGACGGCGCCAGCCGGCCGCCGUCCGCGCAGUUUCUCUCGUGUCCUGAGAUCGAACGAGCGGCUUCGCUCCCGCAUUCGAAGUCGUAAAUCAGUAAAUGUGCCUCUCCCGAGGGCUCUCUCUCUG